AUGCAGGUCCGAGGUCUUGCUGCAGCUCUCAAUUCGAGCGGGAAGUACAAAAUUAAGAAUCCGGAAUAUGCUGUUGACUACUUGGUCAUCGGUGGAGGUGUCGUCGGUUUGGCCGUUGCUCGAAACCUUACGCGACGUUUUCCAUCCAAGUCGACUUUCCUAGUGGAGAGGCACAGCACUGCAGGGGAAGAAUCCAGCUCUCGAAAUUCGGAGGUGAUCCAUGCAGGCCUCUAUUAUCCGCCAGACUCACUGAAGACGCGGCUUUGUCUUCGUGGAAGACGUCUGAUGUACGAAUACUGCCAUGAGCACAGUAUUCCACACAAGAAGAUGGGGAAAUUGGUCGUUGCGCGCGAUAAUCAGCGGUCUUACAUCCAGAACCUCCACACCAAAGCUGGGAAAUUAGCCUGGCCUCCACAUUCGCCUGCGGAUCACGAAGAGACUGUGUUGCCUACCAAGCUUAUCAGUGGCGAUGAGGCGCGACAGCUCGAGUCAGACCUGUCCGAGGAUAUCACAGCCGCACUUUGGAGCCCUGAAACCGGUAUCGUGGAUUCGCACGCACUGAUGGAGAAUCUGGAGAAUGACAUUGCAGACGCUGAGGGCGGAGAGCUCGUUUACCGAACGAGUGUAGUUCGAGUGGAUCCUUACAGCGAAGGAUGGCUCGUGCAGAUGGUCACUGGCGAUGGCGAAGGAGACGCGAUAGUAGCGAGGACAUUGAUUAAUUGCUCUGGCCUCUCCGCGCAUCUGGUUCUCAAUGCAUUGCUACCUGCUGAAUCACGCAUCCCCAUGUAUUACGGACGAGGCUCAUAUGCGUCCUACCGCGGCCCAGGCGUCGAGCACGUAUCUCACCUCAUUUAUCCAUGUCCUGACGCCACCAGCCAUGCCUUCCAGUCGCUGGGCACGCACUUAACGCUCGACAUGGAGGGAAAGAUCAGAUUCGGGCCAGACCUCGAUUGGCUCAAUCCAAACGAGCAUGCCACUGGCGAGUCCGCGGAUCCAGAUUUUUGGCUGAAGCUAUUGAUUCCGAGUGAUUCGAAGCUGAAGUUGAUGUACCAGGCCGUGCAGGAAUACCUGCCCCACGUUGGUUUCAAUGGAUUCCAGCCGGAUUAUUGCGGGGGACUAUCCGGAGGCAUUCGCAGGCGUGCAGAAGAAUAG